AUGGUUGAUAAUGAGGCGAUCUAUGACAUGUGUAAGAAAAAUCUGGACAUUUCGAGGCCAAGCUUCGCAAAUUUGAAUAAUCUCAUUGCCCAGGUGGUGUCUUCAGUAACCGCCUCACUAAGAUUUGACGGGUCGCUAAACGUGGAUUUGAACGAAUUCCAAACCAAUUUGGUCCCAUACCCAAGAAUCCAUUUCCCUCUGGUAUCAUAUGCUCCUAUCUUAUCCAAAAACAAAGCUUAUCACGAAGCCAACUCGGUAUCCGAGAUAACCAAUGCUUGUUUCGAACCUGGCAACCAAAUGGUCAAAUGUGAUCCAAGAACUGGAAAAUAUAUGGCUACCUGUUUGCUUUACAGAGGUGACGUUGUUACAAGAGAUGUACAAACUGCGGUGGCCCAGGUCAAAAAUAAGAAAACCGUUCAAAUGGUUGAUUGGUGUCCAACCGGUUUCAAAAUCGGUAUUUGCUAUGAGCCACCUACUGCGACACCUACUUCUCAAUUAACUUCGGUGAAAAGAGCCGUCUGUAUGCUAUCCAACACAACAGCGAUCGCUGACGCAUGGAAGAGAAUCGACAGAAAGUUUGAUCUCAUGUAUGCAAAGCGCGCGUUUGUACAUUGGUAUGUCGGUGAAGGUAUGGAAGAAGGUGAGUUUACGGAAGCUAGAGAGGACUUGGCAGCUUUGGAGAGGGACUACAUCGAAGUUGGUGCUGAUUCGUAUGCCGAUGAAGAGUUUUAA